AUGAUUAUCACCGCCCAAAUUGACCCCAUUAUAAACCCAGGACCUAUCGCAGAAUUCAGUGGAAGUGACGUUAAUGAGAUUCCUCCACGACUUGCCGAUUUCCUCCAAGGUUUGGAAUUCUCAGUCCCAAAUAUUGCUACAGACAGAGAUCAUGAUGAAGGCUAUGGUUCUAACAUAACCCAAAGCGUCUCACAAGCAAAAGAAGCACUAGAAUUCUCAGAAAUGAUAUCCAACAGGUUUUGGGGUACCUGGACCACGCAGUACUUAACAGCGUUAGGAGAUAAUCAAAAAAGACAUCUCAAAGUAAGACAUAAAAGGAAUGUGAUCCCAAAAACGGGAGAAAUUGUCUUUGUAGAACAAGAACUGAUCCCAUGCGGCGGCUGGAUAUAUGACAGAGUUGUCGAGAUUAUUCAAAGCAAAGAUGGACAAAUUCGGACGAUAAAACUACUCACGCCAAGUGGAAGAACAUUACAAAGGCCGCUCAACAAAUUUAACUCACUGGAAAUUUCUUCUGACACAUCUUCUAUGGUUAACUCUCCAGUGCACAAGGAAUAUUUUCUUGGCAAUAUGAGAAUUCCAUCAGCAUCUCUUAACAAGGUGCGAGAUUCGCAGACCUCUCUCGAAGAGCUGAACAGUUUACAUUUCCUCAAUCGGAGGCGCGAAUUGCAAAAUGAAAUGACAUCUCUUAACCAGGCGCUAAAACUACCGUAUUCACAUGCAAAGACGAGAGACACACUCACUCCUCUAAAUGACAACACAAGGGAAUGCUCAUCACAUAGGUCAUGA